AUGUCAGCACAACCUCCAGCGGGUCGGGAAGCCCGUCACGGUGGGAAGAAAGGACCGCGUCUGGGAUACAAAAAGUCUCGCACCGGGUGUUCAAGAUGUAAAGCUCGUCGAGUCAAGUGUGAUGAGAAGAAACCUUGUUCGGCAUGCCAACGUCAUGGAAUCCUUUGUAGCUUGGUGACGGCCGAAGCAGCGGGACCUAGCGGCUUCCUUUCGGGAACCGGCACUACUCCAGCCACUGGCAGCUCCGGCCCCGGCCCCGGCGCUGUUUCAGUUACUAGCAGCGCCGGCACCUUUAGCUCUGUUGCCCCAUUUACCACCGGCCCCAAUUCUGGCCCUAUACCCGGGCCCCCUUUGACUUGCCGCCCAAGAACCGGCAACGCCAGCAAUCCUUUCGGCCCAUCCGGCACCGCUCUCGCCUCCGGUUCCGGGUCUGGCUCCGGGUCUGGCCCCUUUGUUCCACAAACCAGCAGUGCUGGUAACAUCCCUUUGACCCCAGCCUCCAGCGAUCACUCACGGUCUCCAGCUGGAUUUCAUCAGGCUUUCGGAUCCGGGAUACAUGUGAGCAAUCGAGACAGCCGCCACCCUUCCGCUCCAGUACCCCAUGACGAGAUAAACUUCAACACCCUCCCUACACCGCGUCACACCCCCAUGGCUAUCCAAUCCCUCACCCACCCGACAUAUCCACCUCCUCCAUAUCUCGAGGUCUCCGGCCCCUCACCAGCCCGUUUAUACUCAGCCCCAAGCCCUGCAUGGCAAUUGCCCCUUCCCAAUAACUUCUCACAGCCCAGUUCCCAUCCCUUGGUCGGUGCUGCUCAUCCCCCAACCCCUCAAUCUCGCUCCCGCCAUCCCUCCCCCUUGCGGCAGAGUCCCAUGCCAACUGAGGCAUUCAGUACUCCCACCACCGAUCCCUUCCCAUACCUUACGUCAUUCAUUCCCUCCGCUCUCGCAAACCCGGGAUCCUCCUCCGACUCAGAUCUCACCUUGCAGGGCUUUGUGUCCCAGGACUUCGAACUCUUUACCCACUACACCACCACCACUUACACAACUUUAACCCGAGGAGUACAUGAACGCAUCUGGAAGAUUGAGGUGCCCAAGCUGGCUUAUUCACAUGCAUUUCUGAUGCACAACCUCCUGUCCACUGCUGCUUACCACCUAGCGUAUACGGAACUGGAUGAAGAAAAAAGAAAGAAACGAGUUAACGAUGGCCGCAACCAUUUCAGCUUGGCGUUAUCAGGAAUGGGGGAAGUCCUGCGCAAGGACGGCGUCACGCCAGAGAACUGCCAUGUCGUUUUUCCUGCCAGUACGCUGUUGUUCAUUGGGGCCAUGUGCAGCAACGGGCCGUUUUUUAACCCGACUAAUGACAGGGAACAAGGGAAAACAACAAAAGCCCCUAUGAUCGAUGAAUUUCUGAACAUCUUUCGCACCGUCAAGGGGAUCGGUACUAUCGUUAGUACCCAGCAAGAUCAUCUCCAGAAGGGCCCUAUGGGCGGGCUGUUCAACCGCGAUUCCUGCGGUGAUGUUUUUCCUAGCAUGGAAAGACUGCUGGCGCAGCUCGAGGGGUUUUACCGCCGCGUUGCGAGCAUUCCAUACAGAAGUCCUGGGCUCUUUUCUCCGCCAUACCAAUACGAUCCUGAGAAUCAGUCAAUGUCGAGCAACGACAAGGAAAACAGCAAAAUUAUCCUAAAAGAGAUCAAAGCCAUGGAGGCUGCUAUUAGAAUAGCGAUGGGGAAUUCCAGAACACCUGAGCAGGAAGUUGUUGCGGUUUGGCCCAUCAACGCGUCCGGUGAGUUUGCCGAGAUGUUGGAAGAUCGUGGUGAACCUCCUCGACCACGACCUGAGCCCCCGUCAUCCAGUUCCGCCUUCGACUUUUCCGUCUCGCCACCGCCAUGGUACCGAAACCCGAUCGCCUUGGCUUUGUUGGGAUAUUAUUGCUGCCUUUUGAAGGAGUCGGAGCGCAAGUGCUGGUUCACUACGGACUGGGCGGAGGCAGUGAUCAAGGAGGUGGUAGCCGAGUUGGAGGAGAUGGCAGGGGUGGCUCCUACCAGUCUCUUUGCUAGGGGCGGGAGCAGGAGCACAACACAAGCGUCGGACAUGGAAAUUCAAAGAGGGCAGCACGACCAGGGUUUUUCCAGGACUGAUAGGCCACUACCUGUAUGGAGGGAGUGGGUAAGGAGAGAAUGGCUGGGGGAUGCGUUGUGGGCCAAGGAGUGGGUUAUGGCAGAGGAUGAGGAGGAAUUGCCCCGGCAAACAACAAGAUUCCCAAAUAUCCAUGUGACGGACCUUCCUGUGAUGGAUACUCGGGGUCAACAACAGGAUUCGCCUAUGGCAGGAACUCAAGACGAGCAGCCGCGUACACCCCACAGACCCGGGUCAACCAUAUUAUGGGAUGACGUUACGAAAACGGGAACUCAGGGCCAACAAUCGGACGCGUCCGAAGCGCAGAGGCAGUCAUUCACGAGGAUGUCGCAAGAGACCGAGCACGUUAAUCAUACCGCCGCUGCUAAUCCUUCUGCUUCUUCUCCUGUGAGAGAGAUGAAAGAAGCAGCAAGAAACCCUUCGGAUACAAUGGCUGUGGAUCCGCCCUUUGACAUGGAAGUUCAGGAUCAAACCCAUGGAAGGGCAAGAUCAAAAAUUACCUAA